AUGAGCAUUUUCAGCUGGAAUUGCCAGGGCUUGGGGCGUACUCAAGACCUGACAAUCCAGAGACUCCGGGAGAUUCGGCGUACGUAUUUUCCGGAGAUCAUGUUCUUGAUGGAGACUAAGAAGUGUAGGGAUAUUUUGGUGGAUUUACAGCAGUGGUUAGGUUAUGAUAGGGUGUUUACGGUGGAGCCUAGAGGCUUGAGUGGUGGCUUGGCAGUAUUUUGGAAAAAUGAGAUCAAGUUGGACUUCAAAUUUGCGGAUAAGAAUCUCAUUGACAUGCAGGUUCAGUUUGGAGAAGUCACUUUUUAUCUUUCUUGUAUAUAUGGAGAACCCAGUUCUGAAGGGAAGAAUAUAGUAUGGGAGAGAAUCUCAAGGAUUGGAGUCAAUAGAAGAGAAAAGUGGUGUAUGCUUGGGGAUUUUAACGAGAUCCUCAAUAAUGAUGAAAAGAUUGGAGGACCUAUGAGAUCAGAAGAAUCGUUCAAACCUUUUGGGGAUAUGUUGUCUGCAUGUGGAAUGGAAGAGCUGGAGUCAUCGGGGAUCAGGUUUACUUGGGCUGGUCAAAGGUGGAAAAAGUGGAUUCAGAGUUGCUUGGACAGAGCUUUUGGUAACAGGGAGUGGCUGAGAGUAUUCCCGGGAUCUAAUCAGAAAUUUUUGGCCAAACGUGGGUCUGAUCACAGACCUGUCUUGUUAAUGUUGCAAGCGUCACAGUCAAAAAACAGGGGUCAGUUCAGGUAUGACAAAAAAUUCUUGUUCCAGCCGGGGGUUAAGGAAAAAAUCAUUGAAGCCUGGAGGGGAACAGAGGGGGGAUCUGAUAAUUGUUGUGUGGCAAAACGAUUGCGUGAUUGUAGAGGUGCUUUGAGUGUGUGGAAGAAAGAGAAGGACUUCAAUGCCAAAGACAGGAUUCAUAUUUUGGAAGAUCGAUUGGAGUGGUUCCAAUCAAGAAAUUACCCCUGUUGGCAUGCUAUCAGAGUGAUUAAGAAGGAGCUGGGUAGAGCCUAUAAGGAAGAAGAGCUCUUUUGGCAGCAGAAGAGUAUGGAAAAAUGGCUGAAGUAUGGGGAUCGCAACUCUAAUUUCUUCCAUGAAACGGUUAAAGCGAACAGAGAGAAGAGGAAGCUCAUCAAAUUGAAGGAUGGCAGCGGGUUGGAGCAUUGGUCUGAAGAAUCUAAGGCUCUGGUGGCUUUGGAUUAUUUUAAGGAGCUCUUCAAAUCUUCUGACCCCCCUAGCUACCAACCUGUGAUUCAGAGUAUGAGACCAAGAGUGACAGAUUCGAUGAAUCAGAGGUUAUUGGCUGCUGUUACAGAUAAAGAGAUCAGAGAUGCAGUUUUUGGCAUAAAAUCUUCGAGUGCUCCUGGCCCAGAUGGGAUGUCGGGCCUCUUCUUUCAACAAUAUUGA